CCUCCCUCCCUCUCCUAGCUCAUUGUGUCGUCGUCGUCGUCGUCGUCUUCCCGGCUUCGGCGUUCUAUCUGCUGGCAGCAACGCCCGCAGCAGCUCUCGUUUGCUGCGCUGUAGCCCAUCUCUUGGGGGUGGCAUGGCGAGGCGGACGAGCGGCCCCAAGAAGAAGCUGAGGAGGGGCCUCUGGUCGCCGGAGGAGGAUGAGAAGCUGAUGAACCACAUUGCCAAGUAUGGCCAUGGCAGCUGGAGUUCCGUCCCCAAGCUAGCAGGUCUUGAGAGGUGUGGGAAGAGCUGCAGGCUGAGGUGGAUCAACUACCUCAGGCCGGACCUCAAGAGGGGCGCAUUCUCGCAGGAAGAGGAAGACCUCAUCAUCCAUCUCCACUCCAUGCUGGGCAACAAGUGGUCUCAGAUUGCAGCGCAGCUGCCGGGGCGGACGGACAACGAGGUCAAGAACUUCUGGAACUCGUACAUCAAGAAGAAGCUCCGCCAGCGCGGCAUCGACCCGGCCACGCACAAGCCGCUGGCCGAGGCCGCCAGCAGCGGCCGCGGGGGCGCCGCCGCAGCCAGCCGCGCGCGCACGGCUGUGUUCAGCGACGCCGAGCUCAUCCUGCAGUCGUCAUCGGCGGGCAAGCACAUGCCGCCGCCGCCAGUGACGGCGGAGAGCUACGUGUACAGCCGCAGCAUCAGCGCCGACGGCGGCGCGAGCGACGGCUCCCUGCAGUCGCUGUCGGGGUACAACCAGACUGGGGACUUCGCGGAGGCCUACCUGCAGGACCCUGACGCGCUGCAGCCGUGCGGCCCCUCCGGUGUCCCGGCGGUCGUUCUGCCGUCGGCGUCGAGCUCCAGCACGCUGAACUCGAUGGGCGGCCUAAGCCCCGCGGCCACCACCGCCACCACGGGAACAGACGAGCUGUCGACGCAGCAGAGCUGCAGCGCCAGCCACCUGCCGUGGCUGGAGCUGGGCACGAGCGGCUACGCGAACGGCGCCACCGCCGCCGUGGACCACUACGGCGCGGCGCUGGACGAGCUCAAGUGGUCCGACUACGUGUUCGACGGCUACGGCGGCGGCGCGCAGUACCAACAGGGACAGUGCAUCUACGGCGACAGCAAGGACGCCGUGCAGUUCGUCGACGCCAGCGGGCUCGGCAGCAGUUGGUGCCUGAAUUGAUCUCGAGCCAACGCACUCGGCGGCGAGCAAUUAAUCGAUCGACUACUCAACCCAACACUUAUACGCGUGCCUACGAUUGCUGAUAGCUAAUGUUUGUUGUUUGGUGAGCUUCUGGUUUGUAAAUUUCUUCCUCGUUUGGAUUACCGGGCUUGCGUUGCGUGUUAAUUUUCCGGUGCAAUCCACAUGUAAAGAUCAUAUGGUGAUGGUGCAUUGUUGGUGACGGGACAAAGGAUUAUAUAGAGAUACAUAUAUAUAAAUGGGAGGUGUUUAAUUGAA